UCCUUGACCCAACGACCCGAGCCCUUUGCGUUGCGUGCGUCUAAAAAUAGCGCCCACAACGUACGCCCGGAUCGCGGCGGCAGGGGGCGGGCGCAUCGAGUAAUUUAUCAAGGCGGGCGCGCGGCGCGGGGGCAGAUCUCGCCGGCCGGGGCCAGCCAUGGGUGCUGCCGGCGCGAUCCGGCGGGCGGCGGCGUCGGCGGCCGACCGGGCGUGCGCGGGGGCGCGGGGCUUCCGCCGCGCGCUGGCCCGGUUCGCACCGCGGCCCUCGGCGUUCGUGCCCGCCGCCGACGCGGAGGCCACCGCGGUGCGCGCCGUGCGCAACUUCCGCACCUUCCGCUUCCACUACGCCUUCCUGCAGUGGGCGCUCCUGCUCGCCUCCCUCGUGCCGCGCCACCGGGCCUCGGUCGUCUUCCUCAUGGCGGCCUCCAAGGGCCUCCUCGUCUACGGGGGGCUCCUCAAGGCGUUCCCCAACUCGGCGCUGCUCCGGAGGCUCCUCGACAGCCGCCUCGUCGCCGCGGUCUUCGUCGCGCUCGUCCUCGCCGACAUCGUCGCCGCGGGCGCCGUCGCCAACCUCCUCGCCGCGCUCGCAGCGGGCGUCCCGAUCAUCGUCCUCCACGCGUCCUUCCGCGUCCGCGACGACCUCGAGGGGGCCUCCCCCGAAGCCGCGGCGGAGAACGGCAAGGAGGACGAGGCGUCGGCGGUCGUGGAGAAGAAGGAGGACGGCGACGUCGAGGCGGGGCCCACGCGGCGGUCCAUGGCGGCGGCACCAAGAUCGCCCAAAUGAGGAAUUACUAGUAACUAGUAAAAACCAUACAUUUUCAUAGAUUAAUUACGGCUCCCGUUGUCUUGGAAUAUAGGAACAAAUUCGUGGUCAAACCUGCCUUCCUGCAUGCUUCUUGAUUCAUACUGUGAGAGGAGCCUAGGAAUUUUUGGGGGAAAUUCAAUUAUUAGAAUGUAGUGGUAACUGUGACAGUGAAUGUGGAGGUUUAAGGAGACUUAUUCAUAUUCCUUAAGUACUGACAUGUCUUUGAUCAGACACACAUUUACAAGAAAUGGCUUACAGAAUGCCGAAUGCUUCAAGUUA